AUGGCUGAAACAAAAAAUCUUACUGAAUACUAUAUUCAAGCCGAUCCAAUCAUCAUACCCGAUUCAUUCGAAGGAUAUCCAUUACGUUAUUUUAAUUUACCGUUACACUAUCGUGAUGAUUUAAACUAUGUUUUAAUUCCUUACGGACUUGUUCAAGAUCGUAUUGAAGCAUUAGCAAGUCGAAUAUUUCAUGAUUUAACUAUUAAUAUUCCUGAACAACUAAUUUGUAUAUGUGUACUCAAAGGUGGUUAUCGAUUUUUUUCGGAUUUAAUAUCAAAAAUUCAAAAUGAAAAUCGUCUUCAAAAUAAUCGUAGUUUACCAAUGAGUUUAGAAUUUAUUCGUACACGUAGUUAUAUUAAUGAUUAUUCAUCAAAUCAACUUGAAAUUAUUGGUUUAAGUGAUUUAAAUAAUUUAAAAAAUCGAAAUUUACUUAUUAUUGAAGAUAUUAUUGAUACAGGUAUUACAAUGGUUGCAUUAAAAGAACAACUUGAAAAAUUUCAACCAAAAACUAUUCAAGUUGUUUCAUUAUUUACAAAACGACGAAAAGAUAAACAAUGUAUUUUUAAACCAGACUAUUGUGGUUUUGAAAUACCUGAUCAUUUUAUUGUUGGUUAUGCACUUGAUUAUAAUGAAUAUUUUCGUGAUUUAGAACAUAUCUGUAUUUUAAAAGAAUCAGGAGUUGCAAAAUAUAAAAUUAAUGAUAAUAAUAUAUAA